UAUUGACGACGUCGCAUGCAAUGGCACAUCUGAAGGCUUCUGGGAGCCUGAGCGCAGUAGUGACAGCAGGUUUAGUACUAAUAUUCUUCUCGGGGAUUUUAAGGUCGAAUGGUCAAAUAAACACAGCAUGCACUACUACAGCACUCACCACCUUCACCCCUUGCUUCAAUUACCUCACCGGAAGUAGCCGCAACGGCGCGUCGCCGACGGAGGACUGCUGCAAUACACUCAAGUCGGCGAUGACUGAUAGCAUUGACUGCGCGUGCCUCAUCGUCACCGGAAACGUCCCUGUCUCCAUCCCGUUUGUUCGGACCUUGGCACUUGCCCUUCCUCAGAUGUGUAACGCCGGUGUGCCGGUCCAAUGCAAAGCCACCGGCGCCCCUCUACCAGCUGCAGCAGGUCCGGCAAUUCUGUCGCCGCCGGCGCCUCACUCUCGUCCUCGUACUCCUUCACCCCAUCCACCUGCGGCGCCUCCCCACAGUCAUAGAGCAGCGGCGGCAGUGUCAGUUGUUAAAAUGGAGAAGGCAACAUUAAAAGUUGAGCCACCAACUACGCCGCCCACGGCGGCAGCCGCACCUCCAUUGUUCGUCCCAAAGACAACUCCGGCAGGGAUCAGACCGGUGAUGGUUCCAACAUCUGCUAAUUCAUCAUCAUACCUUAUUUCUUCCUCCCCGUCUCUUCUUCUUUUGUUUUUGGCAUUCCUAAAUAUGUUCCUCUAUUAUUAAUGGAUGAGUAUGAAUUCCGAUC